AUGCCAAGUCUUCACAAAUUGGUCUUAUGGAUCGAAAAAAAAAUUCUUGAUGAAAUAUCGUGGUCGAAGCAAAGUAAAUUUCGAGAAUUGUGCAUCAGCGAAUGUACUCAUAUGCAAUUGUUUUCUAUUUUGCAUAAUUUAUCAAGUCUUAAAAUGUUGUCAUUUGAUUAUUGUGAUAUGAACUAUAUCGAUAAAAGUAUCCAUUUAACUCCAUUCACGCAAUUAACGUCGUUGACGCUGAAGAGAAUGAAUAUGUUAAUAGAUGAACUCGAAUAUCUUCUUUCACUUCUACCCUCACUUGUUUAUCUUGAUUUAGGAAGACGAUUAGAUUCGUCACUGGCAUUUCUACAACGAUUUUGUCAAUGGGAACAAUUUAUUCCUCAGAAAUUACGUCAACUUGAACACUUCUAUUUCGAGUUCUUUAGUUCGAAGCGUAACUAUGAAGAUAUUCAAAAUAUAGAAUCGAUUAUAGCUGUAUUUCGUACACCAUUUUGGUCGGAGCAAAAACGCUGGUUUGUCACAUGUGAAUACGUCUAUCAAGGUAGAGCGGUGCCGCAAACUAUCCUGUUUCUCUUAUCAAAGACUUCAACCAAUGAUCCUCCUGACCAAUUUGCCGGUUCUGGAAUAUCAUACUCAACUUCCACAACAAAAAUCGAUGAUACAUCAAAGAUGAACAGUGUGUGGACUGUUCGCAUCGAUUUGGCAUGGAUGAUAAAAGCAAUUUCCACAGGAGAGGUAUGUAUACCGAUACAUCUUAUUAUUUUCGAGAUAUCCAAUAAUAAUUGGUAUUGGUACGUCGAUUAG